AUGCCUGCCCAGAGUUUGGACGGUGUGCGGAGUACUGUCGAAGACCAUGGUGUGGCAGCUGGCAACAUUACACGAUCGGUUCUAGAGUCGUCCAUUGCCAGUCGGAACAUGGCCCUCAACCCCUCGGAGCAAGAGGUCUCUACGUCGAUCGACACGGCACGAUGCCUUUUCGACCAACUCUGCGGUGAAAUAUCAGCGAAACGUGUGCGGUGUGACGGGCAGCUCAAGAUAACGACGCUGGUCCGUCUUCACCACCAACUCGAGCCUUCCAAGAAGCCUCGGGUCUUCAUGAAGCGCAAACGCUCGAACCAGCGAGCAGGCAGCCAGUCAACGACCAUGUUCUGA